AUUCGUAUUUCCGACUGACGGCCGAAUCCACCUCUUGUCCUCCCACAACACCCCUCUAUCGAAUCCAUUAACGCUGUCCGGGUGGGGUCCAAGAGGCCACCACAAUGGCUUCCUUGAAGCAGUUCAUCCGAAAUGUGCGCGCUGCAAAGACAAUUGCCGACGAGCGUGCCGUCGUGCAAAAAGAGAGUGCGGCGAUCCGCGCGAGCUUUAGGGAGGAAAGCCACGACUCCAACGUGAGGAGGAACAAUGUCGCCAAGCUACUGUAUCUCUUCACGCUGGGUGAGAGGACACACUUUGGCCAGAUUGAAUGUCUGAAGCUGCUGGCCUCUCCGCGCUUCGCCGACAAGCGCUUGGGAUACCUGGGGACCAUGUUGCUGCUGGACGAGAACCAGGAAGUCUUGACGCUGGUGACCAACUCGCUCAAGAACGACCUGAACCACCCCAACCAAUACAUCGUCGGUCUCGCCCUCUGCACUCUCGGCAACAUCGCCUCCGUCGAAAUGGCUCGAGACUUAUUCCCCGAAGUCGAAACGAUAAUAUCGAGUGCAAACCCGUACAUACGCCGCAAAGCCGCAAUCUGCGCCAUGAGGAUAUGUCGUAAAGUGCCCGACUUGCAGGAGCAUUUCCUGGAAAAGGCCAAGUUGCUACUACAGGAUCGAAACCACGGCGUCUUGCUGUGUGGCGUCACCCUAGUGGAAAACCUCUGUGAGGCUGACGAAGCCGAGGAUGACGAGAACGGCGUCAGGGACAUCUUCAGACCCACGGUCCCCAGCCUGGUCAAGAUACUCAAGGGGCUCUCCUCGUCUGGCUACGCGCCCGAGCACGAUGUGACGGGCAUUACAGAUCCAUUCCUGCAGUGCAAGCUACUCCAGCUGCUACGAGUCCUAGCCCGCGGUGACGCACACGUCAGCGAACAAAUCAACGACAUCCUGGCCCAGGUCGCAACCAACACGGAUUCGUCCAAGAACGUUGGCAACUCCAUCUUAUACGAGGCAGUACUCACCAUCCUCGAUAUCGAGGCGGAUUCCGGACUUCGCGUACUCGGUGUGAAUAUUCUGGGAAAGUUCUUGUCCAACCGCGACAACAACAUCAGAUAUGUUGCCCUCAACACUCUCAUCAAAGUUGUCGCAGUCGAACCCAACGCUGUACAAAGACAUCGCAACACUAUCUUGGAUUGUUUGCGUGAUCCCGAUAUCAGUAUCAGACGGCGAGCGCUCGACCUCAGCUUCACUCUGAUCAACGAGAGCAAUGUGCGAGUGUUGAUAAGAGAGCUGCUCGCUUUCUUGGAAGUUGCCGACAAUGAGUUCAAGCCUGUCAUGACCUCUCAGAUCGGAAUCGCGGCGGACCGCUUCGCACCGAACAAGAGAUGGCACGUCGAUACCAUGCUGCGUGUUCUGAAACUCGCUGGAAACUACGUCAAAGAGCAGAUCUUGUCAUCCUUUGUGCGACUAAUCGCCACUACACCGGACCUCCAAACCUACUCCGUACAGAAGUUAUAUGCCGCUCUCAAAGAAGACAUCACACAAGAAGGUCUUACCCUGGCUGGUUCCUGGGUUAUCGGAGAGUACGGCGAUGCGCUACUAAGAGGUGGUCAAUACGAAGAGGAGGAACUUGUAAAGGAAGUCAAGGAGAGCGACAUCGUCGAUCUUUUUGAGACCAUAUUGGGUAGCAGUUAUGCUGGUCUCAUCGUCCAACAGUACAUUGUUACAGCUUCUAUGAAACUGACAACACGUUUGAGCGACCCUGCUCAAAUUGAACGACUACGGCGGUUAUUACAACGGUAUUCCGCAAACCUCGAUGUUGAGAUCCAACAGCGUGCGGCUGAGUACGGAAACCUGUUUGGUCAUGACCAGAUCAGGAGGGGUGUUCUGGAGAAGAUGCCACCCCCUGAAAUUCGUGAAGAGUCACGAGUUUUGGGAGAAGCAACCAAGAAACGGCAGUCGAAGAUCGCCAAGAAGAAGCCUGCGCAAGCGGCAACCGAAGACUUGCUACUGGAUCUGAUGGGCGACGCAGGCCCGUCGAACAGCAUGAAUGGAGCAGCCAACGGAACUCAACAGAGUCAAGAUUUGCUUGCAGAUAUCAUGGGCGGAUCUUCGUCACCGCCUCAGACCUCAUCUCCAGCACCACAAUCAAACGUAGCGAACAUCAUGGACCUCUUCAACUCUGGACCUAGCACCUCUCCAGCCCCAGCACAGCCGCGCGCGCCACCACAAGGAAAUUCAAUGGACCUUCUCGGUGGUCUCGGUGGCAUGUCGUCGCCACCACCACAAGCUUCAACGCCUGCAGUGGCUUCUGGUCCACCUGCGCAUCCAGCAUACAACAAGAAUGAUUUACAGAUCACGUUCCAGCUUAAGCGUGACGCCAACGCUGUGCAACUCCUCGCACGCUUCCGCAAUACUGGAAGCUUCGGUCAGCUAUCAGGUGUGAAUCUACAGGCUGCCGUUCCGAAAAGCCAAAAGCUGCAGUUGCAACCUAUCAGCAGUAGCGAGUUGGAGGGAGGCCAAGAUGCGACCCAGCAAAUGAGGGUCACAGCUGUUAAUGGGCCACCACCAGCAAGACUAAAGCUCCGACUCAAGAUCAGUUACUCGGCAGGUGGUGGUGCUCCGGUAACAGAGCAGGUCGAUUGGGCCGAGCCGACAUGAUUGCACAGCACAUAUUGGUAGUAGCGUCUUCAAGUAGCGAGCAGCAUAGAGCAAAUGACAUACCCAGGCGAUCAUGACAUGCACAC